AUGGUUCUCCACAACCCUAACAACUGGCACUGGGUGAACAAGGACGCCUCUGGCUGGGCCAGGGAGUACCUUCAGGAGAAAGUGAGCACCAUCAGCGCUGAGCAAGAUGGAGUCUCCGCCAAAGUAGACAAGGUGACUUCCAUGAAUGGCGACGUAGAUGUCAGCCAGCGCAAGGGCAAAGUCAUUACCUUGUACGACGUCAAGCUGUCGCUAGAGUAUUCAGGUAAGACCAAGGACGGUGAGGAUGUCUCCGGUACCAUCACCGUUCCUGAGGUAGCCCACGACACCGAGGAAGAUGAGUACGUCUUCGAAAUCGAUAUUCACUCCGAUGCCUCGUCCAAGCAGCCCGUGAAGGAUCUCGUGCGCUCCAAGAUUCUUCCUCAGCUUCGCAAGACCCUCGCCACCCUCACAGGUGCUCUCAUCACCGAGCACGCCAAGGAUCUUCAGCAUGCUCCUGGCGUGAACCCCUCCGCUGGCUUCACUCCUGCCCCUCUGCACCCUCAGACCAGCAAGAAGGAGAAUGUUUCAUCUACCACUACCACCACCUCUACCACCGGUAAGGUGGCAGUCAACACCACUACUGUGAAUGCGUCUGACGAGUUCCGCACCACUGCGGAGGAGCUCUAUGCCACUUUUACCGACCCCCAGCGCAUCGCCGCCUUUACUCGAGGCGCGCCCCGCCAGUUCGAUGGCGCCCAGCCGGGCGGCAAGUUUGCCAUCUUUGACGGCAACGUGACUGGCGAGUACGUGAAGCUUGAUGCGCCCAAGCAAAUUGUUCAGAAGUGGCGCCUGGCCCAGUGGCCCGAAGGCCACUUCAGCACCCUUCAGAUCAAUCUGGAUCAGAACGACGUCGACGGAGUUACCCAGAUGCGUGUCGAAUGGUCCGGUGUGCCCGUUGGUCAGGAAGACGUCACCAAGCAGAAUUGGGAGCUGUACUAUGUCCGCAGCAUUAAGCAGACUUUUGGGUAUGUCAAAAUUCCCCCUUCAUCCAAGACGCAGGCACUUUGA